UGAGGGUUGUUUUAUAUUUUGCAUAUUAUUUUGUAAAAUUAACCUUACCUUGUGACCAUACUAUUUUAUUUUUAAGACCAAUCCAAAGAUAAAAGAAGUAGUAAUGAAAUCAAAGGGACAACCACGUAAAAGAUUGACAUAUGUGUAUAACCUUUGCAAAGGUAAAUAUAUUUGUGAGGGUGGUGAGGAUAUGGAUAUUUGUAAAGAAGGGGAAGAAGCUAAAAGAGGGUCUGGACAUGGUGGUUGUGGCCACUACCAACCCUCUAUCAAACGUCAAGGUUUUAAUAUAACAGCUGAAUGGAAACGCGCAAAUGAAGAUACCCGAGAAAAAAUAACAAUAAUAACAGCAGAGAGAGCGUGGGAAAUACUUAAACACAUAACAGAUGAGGAAUCAUUUAUUUUGGGCAUGGAUCCCAAAUUUGCAAGACCGGACUGGAUGAUUGUGACAGUUUUGCCUGUGCCACCAUUGUCAGUGAGACCAGCUGUGGUCAUGUUUGGAGCUGCAAAAAUUCAAGAUGAUUUAACUCAUAAACUUGCUGACAUUAUCAAGGCCAAUAAUGAAUUGAAGAGGAAUCAACGGUUGGAAGUUCCGGGUCAUAUUCUUGCUGAAAAUAUAAGACUGCUACAAUUUCAUGUAGCUACAUUUGUAGACAAUAAUUUGCCAGGCAUGCCCGAAGCAACACAGAAAACAGGAAAACCUCUAAAAACGAUCAAAGACCGGCUGAAGGGAAAAGAAGGGAGAAUUAGAGGAAACCUUAUGGGAAAAAGUGUAAAUUUCUCAGCUCGUACCGUAAUUACACCUGAUCCAAAUCUAAGCAUUAGCCAAGUAGGAGUACCAAGGUCAAUUGCGCAAAAUUUAACAUUCCCAGAGUUUGUCACUCCAUUUAAUAUUGAAAUGAUGCAGGAGUUAGUUCAACGAGGAAAUGCCGAAUAUCCUGGGGCUAAAUAUAUCUUACGAAACAAUGGAGAAAGUAUCGAUCUUCGACUCCAUCCUAAACCAUCAGAUCUUCAUCUGCAGUAUGGAUACAAGGUUGAGAGACAUUUAAGAGAUGAUGAUUUGGUUGUAUUCAACCGGCAGCCUACCCUCCACAAGAUGAGUAUGAUGGGUCACAGGGUGAAAGUUCUGCCUUGGUCAACAUUCCGUAUGAAUUUGAGUUGUACAUCUCCUUACAAUGCUGAUUUUGAUGGAGAUGAAAUGAAUUUACAUGUCCCACAGUCUAUGGAAACUCGUGCAGAAGUUGAAAAUAUUCAUAUUACACCUCGGCAAAUUAUUACACCGCAAGCCAAUAAACCUGUUAUGGGUAUUGUACAAGAUACUUUAACUGCUGUCAGAAAAAUGACAAAAAGAGAUGUGUUUCUUACUAAAGAGCAAAUCAUGAAUCUGCUUAUGUUUUUGCCUACAUGGGAUGGUAAGAUCCCACAGCCUUGUAUUCUGAAACCACAACCACUGUGGACUGGUAAACAGAUAUUUACUUUAAUCAUUCCGGGAAAUGUGAAUAUGAUUAGAACACACUCAACCCAUCCCGAUGAAGAAGAUGAUGGACCAUACAAAUGGAUAUCACCGGGAGAUACAAAAGUUGUUGUAGAGCACGGAGAAUUGCUUAUGGGUAUCCUAUGUAAGAAAACUUUGGGUGCUUUAGCAGGUUCCUUGCUUCACAUUUGUAUGUUGGAAUUAGGCCAUAAAACAGCUGGCCGCUUUUAUGACAAUAUUCAGUCGGUAAUAAAUAGUUGGUUAUUACUGGAAGGCCAUUCUUUCGGUAUUGGUGACAUUAUUGCUGAUUCACAAACAUACCAGGAAAUUCAUCGUGCCAUUGUAAAGGCCAAACAUGAUGUCAUAGAAGUUAUACAACAAGCUCAUAAUAUGGAACUGGACCCAACUCCGGGUAAAACUUUCGAAAUUCAAGUAAGUCGUAUUCUCAACGACGCUAGUGAUAAAGCUGGUGAAUUAACUAAAAACUCCUUAACAGAGUACAACAACCUCAAGGCUAUGGUAGUCGCCGGUUCUAAAGGUUCAAAUGUUAACAUAUCUCAAAUUAUUGCUUGCGUGGGGCAACAAAACGUAGAAGGUAAACGUAUACCAUUUGGCUUUCGGAAGCGAACAUUGCCACACUUUAUUAAAUACGAUUACGGUCCUGAAUCAAGAGGCUUUGUAGAAAAUUCAUAUCUAGCCGGUUUGACGCCAUCUGAGUUCUAUUUUCAUGCUAUGAGUCGUCGUGAAGGACUUAUUGAUAAAUCGGUUAAAAUUGCCGAGAUCGGAUAUAUUCAACGUCGUUUGAUGAAAGCAUUGGAAUCUGUCAUGGUACAUUAUGAUGGAACCGUUCGUAACUGUGCCGGGCAAUUAAUUCAGUUAGUCUAUGGCGAGGAUGGUUUCGCUGGUGAGACUGUGGAAUUCCAGAAUUUACCUACUUUAAAACUGUCCAACAAAGCAUUUGAAAAGAAAUUCAAAUUUGAUCCUGCUAAUGAGAGACACCUGAAACGAAUUUUCAAUAAAGAUAUUAUAAAAGAGUUAACUGAGUCCGGGCACGUAAUAUCGGAACUUGAAAGCGAAUGGGAGCAGUUAUCAAAAGACAGAGAAAUAUUGAGACAAAUCUUCCCUAGCAGUGAAUCGAAGGUUGUACUUCCUUGUAAUAUCCAGAGAAUGAUUUGGAAUGUACAGAAGAUUUUCCAUAUUAACAAAAGAAUGCCAACAGACUUAAGUCCUACAAAGGUCAUACAAGGAGUGAAAGAUUUGUUGAAGAAAUGUGUUAUUGUAGCAGGGGAAGAUCGCUUAUCUAAGCAGGCUAAUGAAAAUGCUACGCUUCUAUUCCAAUGUUUGGUGAGAUCAACACUGUGCACGAAAUUUGUUUCGGAAGAAUAUCGUUUGUCUAGUGAAGCCUUCGAAUGGCUAAUUGGAGACAUUGAAAUUCGGUUCCAGCAAGCACAAGUAAACCCAGGAGAAAUGGUCGGAGCUUUAGCUGCACAGUCACUUGGUGAGCCUGUCACUCAAAUGACAUUCAACACUUUCCAUUUUGGUGGUGUAUCAUCCAAAAACAUAUCCCAUGGUGUACCGCGACUAAAGGAAAUCAUCAAUAUAUCAAAGAAACCAAAAGCGCCAUCUCUAACCGUAUUUUUGACAGAAGGUGCGGCCCGAGACGCUGAAAAAGCUAAGAAUGUGCUGUGCAGAUUAGAACACACAACUUUACGAAAGGUCACAGCAAAUACAGCAAUCUACUAUGAUCCAGAUCCACAGAACACUGUUAUUGCCGAAGAUCAAGAAUUUAUUAAUGUUUACUAUGAGAUGCCUGACUUUGAUCCCACCAAGAUCUCGCCUUGGCUAUUGCGUAUUGAAUUGGAUCGCAAGAGGAUGAAGGAUAAGAAAUUGACUAUGGAAGAGAUCGCAGAAAAAAUUAAUGCUGGAUUCGGAGAUGAUUUGAACUGUAUAUUUAACGACGAUAAUGCUGAAAAACUUGUACUGCGAAUAAGAACUAUGAAUAAUGAAGAGAGUAAAUUCCAAGAUAACGAUGAAGAGACUGUGGACAAAAUGGAAGAUGAUAUGUUCCUACAUUGUAUUGAGGCCAAUAUGUUGUCUGACAUGACACUACAAGGCGUAGAAGCGAUAGCCAAAGUAUACAUGCAUUUACCUCAGACUGAAGCCAAAAAACGAAUGAUAAUCACAGAACAAGGCGAACUUAAGGCAAUUGCUGAAUGGUUACUGGAAACUGAUGGUACUUCACUCAUGAAAGUCCUUUCCGAGAGAGACGUAGAUCCGAUACGAACAUUUUCUAACGACAUUUGUGAAAUAUUCCAAGUGCUUGGCAUUGAGGCUGUUCGGAAAUCAAUAGAAAAAGAGAUAAGUGCCGUGUUGCAGUUCUACGGCCUAUACGUAAACUAUCGUCAUCUCGCUUUGCUUUGUGACGUGAUGACAGCAAAGGGUCAUCUCAUGGCUAUCACCCGUCACGGUAUUAAUAGACAAGACACUGGAGCCUUAAUGAGAUGUACAUUCGAAGAAACAGUGGACGUUUUACUAGACGCAGCCAGUCAUGCUGAAGUGGAUCCAUUGAGAGGAGUAUCAGAAAAUAUAAUCAUGGGACAGUUACCGAGAAUAGGAACAGGGUGUUUUGAUUUGCUACCUGAUGCCGAAAAGUGUAACCAACAAACAUUUUUGGGCGCUCCUUGGGUAGGCACGGGGCUGGGUACAAGUAUGUACUUUGGCAAUGGGACAUCGUCUAGGACACCAUAGAAUACUCCAUAGUCACUUCAGAAGACAGCUGGGUGUUUUUGCAAUAACUGGGUCAAGAAUUUUAAUAAUGCACCAGCAUGGUUGCCCAUCAGUCAGUGCCUAGCCAUUAUGAGCCUUCGUUGUCAUCCUAGGUCUCCCCGUAGAAGCUAUUUCGACUACUCGGGUUUACUCCGGAGAUUUAUUACGGAGAUUAUACAAUCUAAUCCCACUUCUCCACAUUACUCACCGGCGAGUCUUGCAUCUUCCCCAACCUCGCCACACUACUCAAGGACCUCGCCGAUUUGUUUUUUGAAAUAUAAGUUACCAUAAAAAAGGUUUUCUUUUUUUCUAAUUACUACAAUUUGAAUAUGCGACUUUUAACUCAGAAUCCAGAUCACGUUGUCAAUGCAACGACUAUGAAGCCAGCUAAAAUGUAA